AUGAUCAAUGUUGUGAUAGGCAAGUCUGCCACCGACGACAAGGGCAAAUCUGUGGCCACGUUGGUUGGCCAGUACUUUUACCUUGCACUUCUGGAACUCUUUUAUUUUGUUUUCUCGCUCUACCGUUUUGGCGGGUACAUUUACCACCGACUCAUGAUCCGCUGGCUAACCAUCACGUACCAUCAGAAUCGUACACCGGAACUGAUCCAGCGUGAUGUUGCCAAUUUCACCAAAAUCCCUCGUGGCAUUGGAGCCGUUCUCACACUCCACGACUCAGGGGACGAGGGUGGAGGCGUCGAUGGUUUGCUAGAACAGGCCAGCGAUUUGGCUGCCUGGUGUAUCGGCACAAGCAUUGAAUUUUUGGUUCUUUAUGAGCGUACCGGGGUGCUUAAAGCAUUACCAGAGCCUGAUGUGCGUCGCCGCAUUUCUCGGAAACUGGAGCAGUAUUAUGGUGCCGAUAAUGUACCCACGUUUAAGAUUAGUUUCCCCUACACGGCUGCCUCAUAUUCUGAUAACUCAACUCUUGUACAUGACGACGCUUCUGGUCCUUCUGUUAGUUCUACCGAACCUUCUGUCAACCUUACGAUUCGCAUUCUUUCUGUAGAAGAUGGCCGGCAGUCUAUUGUAGACUUGACGAGAUCGUUGGCCACGCUGGCCAAGGAAAAAAAGAUUAGUGCGCGUGAUAUUAAUGUCAAGACGAUUGAUCAUGAGAUUAAGACACUUGUGUCAGAUGAGCCGGACCUUGUGUAUGUGUUUGGCCCAGUGUUAGAUCUUGACGGGUUCCCUCCAUGGCAGAUUCGUUUGUCGGAAAUAUUCUACAUGCGCGACAAUGAUGAGGUUUCAUAUGCCGUAUUUCUCAAGGGCUUGGAGAAGUAUUCAGGUGUUAAGAUUAAUGUGGGAAGAUAG